CUCAGGCAUUCAGCGCUGAAUUGAUCGGCUCUAGUCGCUUCGUAGACUAUAGUCCAAAAUACUGGCGGAUCUGGACGGAGACAAUUUCGUGUUCUGAUCUCUUAAAUCUCUUUAAAACAACAACAUUUCUAGUCAUUUCUACUAUUUCUAAAGAAAAGGGGGGGCUAUUUCCUCCCUUUCCAUCCAUCCAUUCUUCCAUCUUUCCCUCCCCUAAGGGCCGCUGGACGGAUAGCCGAGGAGGCCGUGGAGCGCAGUUGUUCAGGAAGGGGAGAAAGAAGACGAGCAGGACACUGUUUUUCCCCAGCGGGCAGAGGCACUCUGCGGGGAGGGGUUGGUGUUCGACUUUCACGGCUUCUGCACUGCGCUCGACCCGCUUGUGGAGAUCACGAUGACUGGUGGCGAGACACCCGAGCGGUGGCGGAUGCUCCCCACUCUGCUAUGGUGAUGUUGCCCGCGUCCAAAUGUCCCCUCCUCGGAUGAGACCACGUAUGAAUGGACAGGUGAUGGAGAGAAUAUGAUCUUUGUGUCGAGGGGGACAUCAUUUCAUUGUUGAUUUAGCUCUAAUAUUAGCCUAUAUUACAUUACAAACCACGACGGAUUUCAAUUAAAGAUGAUUAUUGAAUGCAAAUAAGAAAAUUCAACAAAUGUCACAUUUAUCCUUUUCGUGUAUAAGGAUGCCAGUUCAUCUUUGCGCGCGUGUAAAGCUAGUGUGAGGUGGCGGGAGACAAAUUAGCCAGUGUACCAAACAUUGCGGAUGUUACAAAAUAAAUAAAUAAUUAUAGAUUUUAGCUAUUUUUUCCAACAUGUUUUGGUGUCUGAAACGUACCAUGGCAAUCACGACCAACAUGCCCGGUUGAGGGGAAAAACUUGGUGGAUUUAUUUUCUUAUUUUGAUAAUCUGAUUGAUUUUAAUAUUGUGCUGUGGUCAUGAUGACAAUACAACAUUUUAUCUUCAAGCGAAGCACAACGGGCUUCUGACGAGCCUAUCGCACCGUGGAAAUGGUUCGGGAGAAAACGAUGGAGCAGCCAUGGAGAACAUGAAACAUUUAUACUAAUUCAUCUUGGAAUGUCCCCAAUCUGAUAUCCCCAAUAUCCCAAACGAGCCUUACUAUUAUUUUUUGGACAUCUUAAAACGACCUGGAGAGGAAUUGUGAAUCCUACUGCACUGAUAGUCGUGCAACAAGCCAAGCUAUCCACCCCACCCCCACCCCCACCCCACUCCACGUUGUAUUGUUUUUACACCCCCACUUGACCAUUAGCACUAACCACAGAGAGAGACCAAAGCCUACAUGUCGUCUUCAUCUUGUAAAGGCUGCACCAUAUAGGCUACCGCCCGGCAACUCUCCGCCUGUGCAGGUGGAAGAAGCAGAAUAAAACAGUUGAGUGUCUGAGCAGUCCGCAGGCAGAUGGGAUGUAAUGUUGUGUGGUCGUGCUGAGCAAUCGCCUCCUUCUCAGCUACAGCUGCUUUGUAAAGAUUUGGUGUCCAGAGAAUGGCGCGGUUCGAAAACGAGAUGCCGUCCAGGUAUGGCGGCGGCCACGGCCAUGGACCAGGGCAUGGGCAUGGACCUGGAGGCCCUGGCCGCGGAGGCAGCCGGCAGGGUGGCCCGCCUGGAGGCCCCGGGGGACAGCGGGUCUACAAGCAGUCCAUGGCGCAGAGAGCCCGGACCAUGGCCCUGUACAACCCCAUCCCGGUGCGUCAGAACUGCUUCACCGUCAACCGCUCGCUGUUCAUCUUCAGCGAGGAUAACUUUGUGAGAAAAUACGCCAAAAAGAUUACAGAAUGGCCUCCGUUUGAGUGGUUGAUCCUGGCCACCAUCUGUGCCAACUGUAUUGUCCUGGCUCUGGAGCAACAUCUGCCUGAUGGAGACAAGACUCCUCUGUCUGAACGCCUGGAUGACACUGAGCCCUACUUCAUAGGGAUCUUCUGUUUUGAGUCAGGCAUUAAGAUCCUGGCUCUAGGAUUUGCCUUCCAUAAGAACUCCUACAUAAGGAACGGAUGGAAUGCCAUGGACUUCGUAGUAGUAUGCACAGGGAUCCUGUCUACAGUGGGAUCGGACUUCGAUUUGCGGACUCUGAGAGCGGUCCGUGUACUGAGACCCCUCAAACUGGUGUCUGGGAUACCCAGCCUCCAGGUGGUCCUCAAGUCCAUCAUGAAGGCUAUGAUUCCACUGCUGCAGAUCGGCCUGUUGCUAUUCUUCGCCAUCCUCAUGUUCGCUAUCAUCGGCCUGGAGUUCUACAUGGGCAAAUUCCAUACUACCUGCUUCGACAUUCACACAGAUGAGAUUCGUGAGGAAGUUCCGUGUGGGACCGAAGCCCCGUCGAGACUAUGUCCAAACGGGACCACGUGUCGAAAGUAUUGGCUGGGUCCUAACUACGGCAUCACCCAGUUUGACAACAUCCUGUUUGCCGUGCUCACUGUCUUCCAAUGUAUUACCAUGGAGGGAUGGACUGACCUGCUCUACUAUAGCAACGAUGCCUCAGGGAGCGCGUGGAACUGGAUGUACUUCAUUCCCCUCAUCAUCAUCGGCUCUUUCUUCAUGUUGAACCUGGUCCUGGGUGUACUGUCUGGGGAGUUUGCCAAAGAGAGAGAGCGAGUGGAGAACAGGAGUGAGUUUCUAAAGCUGAGGAGACAGCAGCAGAUAGAGAGAGAGCUCAAUGGAUACCUGGAAUGGAUUUGUAAAGCAGAAGAAGUGAUCUUAGCAGAUGAUGAAGACCCUGAUGUCUUUGACGGCACCCGCAGGAGACCCACCAUCAAAAACCACAAGAACAAAACAGAUCUCCUUAACCCAGAGGAUGGGAAUGGAGACCUGGCAGUGGGUUCUCCCUUUGCGCGGGCCAGUCUGAAGAGUUCAAAGCUGGAGGGCUCUAACUUCCAUAAGAGGGAGCGUCGUCUGCGUUUCUUCAUCCGACGCAUUGUGAAGACCCAGUAUUUCUACUGGAGUGUACUGUGUCUGGUGGGACUUAACACCAUGUGUGUGGCUGUAGUACACUACGACCAGCCUGAACCACUCUCAGACUUCCUCUACUUUGCAGAGUUCGUCUUCUUGAGUAUCUUCAUUUCUGAGAUGGGUAUAAAGAUUUAUGGACUGGGGUCACAGCCUUACUUUCACUCCUCCUUUAACUGCUUUGACUGCAUUGUAAUAUGUGGCAGCAUAUUCGAGGUGCUGUGGGGUUUUAUCCAGCCUGGGACAUCCUUUGGUAUCAGUGUAUUACGAGCUCUAAGGUUACUGAGAAUCUUCAAAGUCACCAAGUACUGGGCGUCUUUGAGAAACCUGGUUGUAUCUCUGCUCAACUCCAUGAAAUCCAUUAUAAGCCUGCUCUUCCUCCUCUUCCUCUUUAUCGUCGUCUUCGCUCUGUUGGGCAUGCAACUCUUCGGCGGACAGUUUAAUUUUGAAUCUGGCACUCCCUCGACCAACUUUGAUACUUUCCCUGCAGCAAUAAUGACUGUGUUCCAGAUCCUGACCGGAGAAGACUGGAACAUGGUCAUGUAUGAUGGAAUAGAAUCUCAGGGAGGAGUCAACAACGGGAUGGUCUUCUCAGUCUUCUUCAUCGUGCUCACACUUUUCGGCAACUACACUCUGCUGAAUGUGUUCUUGGCCAUUGCUGUGGACAAUCUGGCCAACGCACAGGAACUCACUAAGGACGAGCAGGAAGAGGAAGCCGCUUCCAAGAAAAAUGCUUUGCAAAAAGCCAAGGAGGUGGCCGAAGUCAGCCCUCAGUCUGCAGCCAACCUGUCCAUAGCGGCUGAGAAAGUAAACAGCACAGGUCACAACGCUUCCGACCCCUUUCUGGACUGUAAGGAGCAGCAGAAGAACAAUAAGUGUGGCAAUAAGUCUGUGUGGGAACAGAGGACCAAGGAGCUGAGGAAACAGACUCUAAUGACCAGCAGAGAGGCCCUCUACAACGAACUGGACCCAGAGGACCGCUGGAAGGUGAACUACUCCCGCCACAUCCGUCCUGAUAUGAAGACCCAUACAGACCGCCCUCUAGUGGUGGACCCCCAGGAGAACCGCAACAACAACACCAACAAGACCACCAAAGAGCCUGACCCCCGCCUCAGCCAGCAGCACGCCGACGAGCUGGUCCGCAAGCAGACACACGUCCACGAGAGAGGAGGUGGGGGAGGAGGAGGUGGGGGCUCAGGGUCUGGUUCAGGCCCUGGAAGGCCUUACGAGCGUGCAGACUCUACGGAGAGCCGCAGGAGCCGUAAGGAGAGCAAGGAGCACCAGGAGCUCCAACACCACCACUCCUCCCAUACCCGCCUAGAUGCAACGAUGCUGGGACAGAGUGGAGAGGAGAGGCCCCAGAGAAGGCACCACCACCCACGGGGCCAGGUGGGCUCAUCGGAGCACAGGAAACCCCGCCAGCACCGCAUGCCCCCAGAGGACGAAGAGGGGGGAGGUGGAGGUGGUGGAGGAGGAGGAGGAGGAGGGGAAAGGCGACACAAGAGCAGGGGGACAGAAGGAGAAGGCGAGGGGGAGCAAGAAGGGGGUGAUGGAGGUGAGAGGAGGCAGAGACGGCAUCGCCAUGGCACUCAGUGUGAUGGUGAGGGGAAGAGGACGCGGCAACACCGCAGGAAGGAUGGUCCCAACCUGUCCACCACACGGCCCAUCCAGAAGAGCCUCUGUAGACAGGACAGCCAGUACAGCGAGGACAUGGACAAUGUCAUGAACAGUAAACUGGCCACCAGCCAGCCCAAGCUACACCCAGGCUACACCCAGCAGCCCUGCCCUGCCUCGGGCCUCCCCAGCCCAGCCAACCACACUACCCCAGGCCCAGGCUUCGGCCCUGCAGGCCUCAACACUCACUUGACCAACAGCAGCUCCCACCUUGGCCUAGAUGGAAGCCUGGUUCCUGCAUAUGGAAGUAGCACCCGGAUACCGGACCACACGGCAGUGGACAUACCACCCAUGUUUCCUUCCCACAACGCCAUAUUACAGGUCAAUAAGAAUGCUAACACAGAGCCUCUGCCUAAGAAGGAGGAUAAGGAGGAUGAUGAUGAUGAGAAGGGUGAUGAAGAUGGACCCAAACCAAUGCCUCCCUAUAGCUCCAUGUUCAUCCUCUCUACCACCAACCCAUUCCGGAGACUAUGCCACUACAUUGUGACUCUGAAAUUCUUUGAGUUUGGUAUCCUGUCUACCAUCGCUAUGAGCAGUAUCGCCCUGGCAGCGGAAGACCCCGUCUGGCCAGAAUCACCUCGCAACAAUGUUCUGCGCUACUUUGACUAUGUGUUUACGGGAGUGUUCACUUUUGAGAUGUUGAUUAAGAUGGUGGAUCUGGGCCUGGUGUUGCACCAGGGCUCCUAUUUCCGUGACCUGUGGAACAUCCUGGACUUUAUAGUGGUUAGUGGUGCUCUGGUGGCCUUCGCCUUCACGGGAAGCAGUAAGGGGAAAGACAUCAGCACAAUCAAGUCUCUGAGGGUUCUGAGAGUGUUGCGACCUCUGAAGACUAUCAAGCGUCUUCCAAAGCUCAAGGCUGUGUUUGACUGUGUGGUCAACUCCCUGAAGAACGUCCUGAACAUCCUCAUCGUCUACAUGCUCUUCAUGUUUAUUUUUGCUGUGGUGGCCGUGCAGCUGUUCAAAGGGAGAUUCUUCUACUGCACUGACGAGUCCAAAGAGUUUGAGCGCGAUUGCAGGGGCGAAUAUCUAGUCUAUGAGCGGAAUAAUGAAGUGAAGGCGCAGAAGCGGGAGUGGAAGAAGUACGAUUUCCACUACGACAACGUGCUUUGGGCCCUGCUCACCCUCUUCACCGUGUCUACCGGAGAGGGGUGGCCGCAGGUGCUGAAACAUUCAGUGGAUGCGACCUAUGAGAAUCAGGGCCCGAGCCCGGGGUACCGGAUGGAGAUGUCCAUCUUUUACGUGGUGUACUUCGUGGUCUUCCCCUUCUUCUUCGUCAAUAUCUUCGUAGCUCUCAUCAUCAUCACUUUCCAGGAGCAAGGAGACAAGAUGAUGGAGGAUUAUAGUUUAGAGAAAAACGAGAGAGGCUGCAUAGACUUCGCCAUUAAUGCCAAACCGCUGACGCGACACAUGCCUAAGAACAAGCAGAGCUUCCAGUACCGCAUGUGGGAGUUUGUGGUGUCGCCGCCAUUCGAGUAUACGAUCAUGGCUAUGAUCGCGCUCAAUACUAUCGUACUGAUGAUGAAGUAUGACGGAGCCUCUCCGGCCUACGAGGCUGUGCUGGCCAACCUGAACAUCGUGUUCACCUCGCUGUUCUCCAUGGAGUGUGUGCUCAAGAUCAUCGCCUUUGGAGUGCUGAAUUACUUCAAAGAUGCCUGGAACAUUUUUGACUGUGUGACAGUCCUGGGCAGCAUUACAGAUAUUUUAGUGACUGAGCUCGGGAAUAACUUCAUCAACUUGAGUUUCCUGAGACUGUUCAGGGCUGCCAGGCUCAUCAAACUGCUCCGGCAGGGAGAGACCAUCCGCAUCCUGCUCUGGACCUUUGUUCAAUCCUUCAAGGCGCUGCCGUAUGUGUGCCUGCUUAUCGGCAUGCUGUUCUUCAUCUAUGCCAUCAUCGGGAUGCAGCUGUUUGGGAACAUAGGGAUGGAGGAGGAGGAGGGGAGCGCCAUCAACGAACACAACAACUUCAGGACUUUCUUCCAAGCUCUCAUGCUGCUCUUCAGGAGUGCCACGGGCGAGGCGUGGCAUGACAUCAUGCUGUCGUGUCUUGGAGGGAAGCUCUGUGAUCCUCUGGCAGGGAACACUGAACCAGAGUGUGGCAGCCAGUUUGCCUACCUCUACUUUGUGUCCUUCAUCUUCUUCUGCUCCUUCCUGAUGCUGAAUCUGUUCGUGGCUGUCAUCAUGGACAACUUUGAGUACCUGACCAGAGACUCCUCCAUCCUCGGCCCACAUCAUCUAGACGAGUAUGUCAGGAUAUGGGCUGAAUAUGACCAAGCAGCUUGCGGUCGCAUUCAUUAUAAGGAUAUGUACAGUUUAUUGCGAGUUAUCGACCCGCCUCUUGGCUUAGGAAAGAAAUGCCCCCAUAGAGUGGCCUGCAAGAGGCUGCUGCGGAUGGACCUCCCGGUUGCCGACGACAACUCAGUCCACUUCAACUCCACCCUGAUGGCCCUGAUCCGCACGGCACUGGACAUCAAGAUCGCCAAGGGUACGGAAGGAGGUGUGGACAAACACCAGAUGGAUGCAGAGCUGAGGAAAGAGAUGAUGGCGAUUUGGCCCAAUCUCUCCCAGAAGACCCUGGACCUCUUAGUCACGCCACAUAAGUCAGCAACAGACCUGACGGUGGGGAAGAUCUACGCUGCCAUGAUGAUCAUGGAGUACUACAGGCAGAGCAAGGCCAAGCGCUCGCAGGCGCGGCUAGAGGCGGAGCAGAAUCGAACGACAUUACUGUUUCAGCGCGUGGAGCCGCCCUCCCCCAUCCAGGAUGGGCCUCUCUGCCUCCCUCCUACCCAACCGGCAGACCCCGUCAACACCCUGCUGGUGUAUGGGGGGGUUCCAGAGAGCCAGUCGUGGGUGACAGUGCGGGCUCAGGAGAUGUCCCAGAGAGUAGGCAGCUGGAGUCCUGAGGGACAGCAUUCUGGACAGGAGGAUGGCCUGGACAGCAGGCAUAACUCGCAGACGGUAGAGAUGAGAGAGAUGGGGCGUGACGGUUACUCGGAUACCGAGCACUUUCAGCCAAUGGAAGGCCACGGAAGGGCCGCUUCCAUGCCACGCCUUCCAGGCGACAACCAACAGCGAAGGAAAGGGAGGCAGCGUGGAAAUAACCUCAGUACUAUAACAGAUAAUAGUCCUAUGAAACGCUCGGCCUCCUCCCUUGGUCACAGUCGAUCUGGGAGGGGCCAGAGGGAAAGGGGUGGGGCCGAUGAUUAUGCAAUGGAGUAUGUGAUCCCCGAGGAGGGCGGAGCACCGAGGCACAGCCACCGACGCCGCGACCGAAGCCACCGGGCCUCCGAGCGGUCACUGUGUCGAUAUACAGACGCAGAUACAGGACUGGGCACAGACUUGAGCACCACCACUCAGUCAGGUGACCUGCCACCCAAGGAGAAGGAGCGUGACCGCGACAGAGACCGCGGUAGGCAGAAAGACCGCAAACACCACCACCAUCACCACCACCAUCACAGCGGCUCUGUGGACAAGGAGCGCUACACACCAGACCGCGCCGACCGGGGGGGAGAGCACGGUGGUCACAGACAGCCCCGAGGAGACAGAGACCACGACCGGGAUAGGGAGCACGACCGUCGCUGGUCACGGUCACCCAGCGAGGGCAGAGAGUGCAUGACACACAGACAGGGCAGUAGUUCGGUGAGCGAAAGUCCCGCUCCCUCUACCUCGGGGACCAGUACCCCGAGACGAGGCCGUCGGCAACUCCCUCAGACCCCGGCAACGCCCCGCCCACACGUCACCUACUCUCCUGUCGUCCGUAAAGCCAUGGCCACACCUCCCGGAGCCCAGCCCCUGGGGCGCAAUCCCGCCCCCGCCCCUCACCGCUUUUCCCCUGAGCCCCCCCAGGGACCUCCCCCGCCCCACCAUGGCUCACCCAACCAAGCCUGUCACCCCCCUCCCCGCUGGGGGGAUGGGGGAGGAGGAGGAGGAGGAGAGAGUGGGUCGCUGGAGGGCGACGGCUGCUUCUACAACCAGGACUACCAGGAUUACAACCGUGAGCACCACAAACCGCCUCCCUACGAGCAGAGCCCCACACAGGGCAACCCUCACAAACCUCAUCCCCUCAACCACCCUACUCUCCCCGUGCUAAACCAUCCCCCAACCCCACAGCAGCAGCACCCUAUCAACCCGCACCCAAACAACCCCCACCCCAACAACCCACACUCCCGCACCUCGCCCAGGACUUCCCGCCACGCGCCCCCACCCAACACCAUCCCCACCCCCCAAGGGCAGCAGCCUCCCCCCACUCGACGCCUCCCCAACGGCUACCGUGCCUCCUCCCCCUCCUCGCAACACCACCACGGCCCCACCCACCCCGGGCCCCAUAAGGUCCCCCCUCCCCAGCCUAGAGGGCCCCGCACUAAAGACCUGCACGAACCCUACAACAACACGGAUGACAACAGGUGCUAGCCUCUGGAGACUAUGGAGGGAGG